CCGGGGCGACGUAGUUAGAUUUGGGUGUUCCCGCUCUUUUGCCUGUAUCAGUCGUUUUGAGCUGAAGAGGACUGCGUUUGUCUCUGGGUUCUGAGGCUCACGGAGCACACAGAGCUGUUCAGGUGCUGCAGACCAGGUGGAGCACCUGCACCGCACAGGUAUUUUAGUUAAAUACCUGAGGGUAGGCCUACAACACAAUGGAUUGCAAUUAUAAUAUUGAAGAGGGUAGUGACAUGUCAUAUGAAGAGAGUGAUUUUGCACUGCCCUCCCCACUGCAAAUGCCUUCUCCUGUCAACGUUGGCCCCUAUGAUGAAGAGAGGAGGAGGGCAGACGAGGUAGGAGAGGACCGCAUGGAGACUGUUAUCAUCCCGUUUGAUUCAGAGGCUUACUUGAAUGUGAACACCAAUGCCACCACUCGAGGAGAUGCACAGGCCUAUGUUGAGCUGAAUGAGCUUCAGGGGAGCAGUUGGCAGGAGACGGCACGGUGGGUGGGUUUUGAGGAGAAUCUGAACACAGCCACAGGGAAAUGGAGUGGAUCCCAUGUGUCCUACCUCACUUUCAAGAGUCUCAUCCAGCUCAGAAAAGCUAUGAGUUCAGGUGCAUUCAUCUUUGACUCGGAUGCCAGCAGUCUGUCCUCUGUGGCAGAGAAGAUAGUUGAUGAACUUCUGAACAAAAACGAGAUCAGAGCUGUGGACCGGGAGGCUCUGCUCAGGGCUCUGCUCAUGAGACGCAGUCAGAUGGAGGCCCCUGCUGUGACUGCGGAAGGAAACAUCCAAAUGCAGACUUUUUCUGUCACUCAGAACAGAGACAAUUCUGACAACAUGGAAGCCUCCAUUGUUCUGUCUGGUGUGGUGGAGAACCUGCAGAAGCCAGCGGUGGGCUUUGUGCGUCUGAAGGACUCUGUGGUGAUGCCGUCUACUCUGGAGUCUCCGGUCCCAGUCCGAUUUGUCUUUGUUCUGGUUGGACCCAGUAACAGCGGCAUCGACUACAGCCAGUGCGGGAGAGCCAUGGGGGCACUGAUGGCUGACUGGGUUUUUUGCCUCGAGGCAUUCUUGGCUCAAACAGACAAAGAUGUAACAGACGCCAUCGCAGAUUUUAUGGACUGCAGUAUCGUGCUUCCUCCGACCGAGAUCCAGGACCAGAAAAUGCUCGAACCGAUUAUCAACUUCCAGAGAAAAAUGCUCCGUGACCGACUGCGUCCCAUUGAUAACCGUCUGGCGUUUGGAGACAGAGUCAAAGCUGACAAAGCCCCAGAGCCCCCGCGGGAAGACCCUCUUGCCCGUACAGGAUACCCCUUCGGAGGGAUGUUCAGGGACAUAAAGCGGCGCUAUCGUCACUACAUCAGCGACUACGUGGACGGACUCAACCCUCAGGUGCUCGCCGCCAUCAUCUUCAUCUACUUCGCCGCUCUGUCCCCGGCCAUCACCUUCGGAGGACUUCUAGCUGACAAAACGGAAAAGUGGAUGGGGGUUUCCGAGCUCAUGAUCUCGACCGCUGUCCAAGGCGUGAUCUUCUGUCUCUUGGCAGCACAGCCUGUUCUCGUCAUUGGAUUCUCUGGACCACUGCUUUUGUUUGAAGAGGCCUUUUACGCUUUUUGUAAAGCCAGUAACAUGGAGUACAUCGUGGGUCGCAUCUGGGUGGGCAUGUGGCUCAUCGUCAUAGUGGUCAUCAUUGUGGCAGUUGAGGGUAGUUUUCUGGUCAGAUUCAUCUCCCGCUUCACCCAGGAAAUCUUCUCCAUCCUCAUCUCACUCAUCUUCAUCUACGAGACCUUCGCUAAGCUCUUUAAGAUUUUCAAAACCCACCCUCUGAUUCUGAACUACGAUCACUUGAAUGAUUCGAGUCCAAACCCAUUUCAUCCAAUCAUCCAUACGCACUUUGAGUACACCCCUGACGGUAACUUCACCAUCAUAGAGAAGGAAAUGGAGCGGGCGUACCCCAACACCGCCCUCCUCUCCAUGUGCCUUAUGUUCGGGUGCUUCUUCAUUGCAUAUUUCCUCCGGAUCUUCAAGAACGGCCCGUACCUUCCUGGACCUGUCCGUCGUUUGAUUGGAGACUUCGGUGUGCCAAUCGCCAUCUUCUGCAUGAUUGCUGUGGAUAUCAGCAUUGAUGAUGCUUACACUCAGAAACUGGUGGUGCCUAAAGGAGUGGAGGUGACCAACCCCAAGGUAAGAGGCUGGUUUAUAAACCCCAUGGGGGAGAAGAAGCCCUUCCCUAUCUGGAUGAUGGGUGCCUCCUGUGUCCCUGCUCUCCUCGUCUUCAUCCUCAUCUUCCUCGAGUCCCAGAUUACAACUCUGAUUGUGAGCAAACCUGAGAGAAAGAUGGUGAAAGGGUCUGGUUUCCACUUCGACCUGCUCCUCCUAGUGGUCAUGGGGGGUAUCUCUUCUAUCUUUGGGGUGCCAUGGCUGAGUGCUGCCACAGUCCGAUCUGUUACCCACGCCAACGCCCUCACCGUCAUGUCCAAGGGCCCCAAACCCGAGAUCGAAAAAGUGGUGGAGCAAAGGAUCAGUGGCAUCGCUGUGGCCGCGCUGGUUGGUGUUUCGAUUUACAUGGAGCCUGUGCUGAAGAUGAUUCCCAUGACGGCUCUGUUUGGGAUCUUCCUUUAUAUGGGAAUCACAUCUCUGAGCGGAGUCCAGAUGUGGGACAGGAUGUGUCUGCUCAUUACACCAAAGAAAUAUCACCCCGCUGAUGCUUAUGCCACCAGGGUGAAGACGUGGCGCAUGCACAUGUUCACCUUCAUCCAGAUCAUCUGUUUGGCCAUUCUGUGGGCGGUGAAGAUGAGUAACUUCUCUCUGGCUCUGCCUUUUGUUCUGCUGCUCACCAUCCCACUGCGCAUGUUCAUGACUGGCCCCCUCUUCUCUGAUUUCGAGAUGAAAUGUCUGGAUGCAGAUGACGCCAAAGUGAAGUUUGAGGAAGAACCUGGAGAGGAUGUGUACUACGAGGCUCCUCUGCCAUAAACUGACAAUUACUUAUGCACCAAAUUUUAGGGAAAUAAGCAAGACUAUUUCAACAAUAAUUGAAUGUCAAAUGUAAUUAGUUUAAAAGUCAUAGUAUAUUUAAUUUCUUAAUGUUUAGUCUUUGAAAAAAAGGUGUAGUACUCUUUGAUGAUUGACAUUGGGCAUUUCAACAUUGUACACAACUGACCUCUUUAUUAUGCCAAAAUUUGAUAUUUAUAUUAGGAUGUAAUUACAUUUAUAUAUGUGGUACAAUACAGUAUUUAUACACAUUGUUUUACAGCACCUGUAUGCCAGCCUUUCAAAUUGAAUUUUGUUGAUUUUUUUGAAUUGUGGUGAGUAAUUAUGUGCUAUGAUUGGUUGCCUUCUCCUAUAUUAGUUUCUUAAUAGUUGUUUUAUUAUGUCAGUUAAGUGCUUUAGUGGGUUAGUAAUAGUAUAACUGAGUGAGAAAGGUUAUGAUUUUAAUGAGCAUUGUAUUCUGAUUGCUAUUUGUGCGCUUAUGACACUGUACAUGCUUAAGGUUUACAUUUUAAUACAAUAAAGGUCUUUAAAUGUGA